GGGCUAAAAAUACCUGCCCAGGCCUGUCCAUUUUCAGUCGGGCCUAGACGGGUAGCACAACCCAUGAACAGAUCCAGUCAAGUGAUUAUCAUUUAACUCUAAUGAGUCUCAUGUAUGGUUUAUUAUUAAUUCAUAAUACUUUGGAACAGCAGAUAAGCUAUUGAUUAUUUGGCGCUCUCUCAGAAUCCACUAAUGGAUCCAUUCACCGACUUCAAUCCUCCUCCUGCUGUCCCGCGGCACGUGCCGUCGACUCACCCCGACCCGAUAUUUAGCGAGGCAGAGCUUAAAGAUAGUGUAGCUGCUAGGAAAAUUCAAAAGGCGGACCGUGAAAAAUUGAGGAGGGAUAGAUUGAAUGAGCAUUUUGUUGAAUUGGGGAAUACCCUAGAUCCUGAUAGACCCAAAAAUGACAAAGCAACCAUUCUAGCUGACACAGUUCAGCUGCUGAAGGAUUUGAAUUCAAAAGUUGACAAACUCAAGGCUGAGCAUGCUGCAUUGAGUGAAGAGUCUCGUGAGCUGACGCUAGAAAAAAAUGACCUUAGAGAAGAGAAGGCAUCUCUUAAAUCAGAUGUUGAGAAUCUUAAUAUUCAGUGUCAGCAACAGCUCAGGGCUACAUACCCAUGGGCUGCCAUGGAUCACUCGGUUAUGAUGGCCCCACCUUCCUAUCCCUUUCCCAUGCCAGUGCCAAUGCCUCCCGGACCAAUUCCAAUGCAUCCGUCCAUGCAGCCAUACCCCUUUUAUGGAAAUCAGAAUCCUGCAGUCAUUCAUAACCCUUGUUCAACUUUUGUUCCUUACAUAGCCCCUAAUACCCUGUUUGAUCAGCAGUCCGCCCAGCAUGUUUCUUCUCUAGCACAGUCUGCUAGUCGAUCCCACGUUUCAGUGAAACAGGAUUCAAAGAAUAAAUCUUCAGGAGAGAGCAAGGUUGAGAAAAGCAAGGAUUCUAAUGAUGUUACCACAGACCUGGAAUUGAAGACUCCGGGAUCUACAGCAGAUCAGGACUUAACUUCAGUACAAAGAAAAUCUAAAAAAUCCAUGGGGAAGGAAAGCAGUGUUACAAAAGAGAGUUCUUCAAGUAGAUGUUCUUCUUCUCAUAGUGUACAGGAUAGUUCAUCCAACAGUGUAGUUGGCAACACAAAGGUCGAUGAUCUAGACAAACGAGAGAAUUGAUGAGCAACGGGAGAGCUGGAUGCUUACGUUAAUUGAAGAAACUUCCAGGGACGGUGGUUGGGAUCAUGUUUGCCACCUUUUGUUUUUAAGGACAAGAACAAUCCUUAAGUGCGGUUAAAACCAAAUGUAAAUGCAAGACCUCAUUGAUUGUAAGGAAGGCAAGUUUGCAUGGUGGUUCAUCACCCACGUCUGUAUGUAAACGACUGUCAUAAGAAAUUAUUUAAUGAAGUGACGUGUGGAUAUUUAACGAAGUCAA